AACACAGCCAGCCGUUUGCGAUCGGCAGGCCACUCCAAUCCAGCGGCAUUCCUUUCACAAGCACGCGGAACGUCCACGAUGCGUCCGACACCAACACGAUAACCUUCCUUUGAUCGAUCGCAUCAGCUCGCUGGAUUUCCUCGUAAAUUCUCUGCAGAGCCCCAUCGAUUCGAUUUCAAUAGCAAUCAUUCACUUCUGAUUAACCUUGAAAUACCUCCCGACUCACCACAAAGAGGAAUAUCGCUGGCCGAAUAUUCUUUCAACUUUCACUACCUUCGAAGUUUUCCUCACUUGAAAUAUUCGGUUCGGACGGGCCGGUCCCAAAGAACUGAACGCUCUCUUAUCGGUCUCUCGUACCACAUCUCAGGAAAAACGUUUCCUCCACCAUGGACCCUGUCGAGUAUCGAUCACAAGGCGGUGCAUAUCAUCCAGCAGCAGGCAUCGAAGACGGCGACGUCCACAUCGCACAGCGGUUGACCAUCAGCUCGAGACCGGCCAUGAUGCAUACACCGCAGAGAGCACAUCAAGCCAUCCUCUCUUCGCCACCUCCUCCGCCUCCCACCGGAGCCCUCCCGACACCGCCGGCAACGUUACCGCGACAGCAAUAUCAACCGCGGAAACAAGCCUCCCAGUCUCGGCCUCGGCCGCGGCAGCAACCCCGAAUCAUCACCGAUGGCACAUUCGUGGAUGAUCUCGCCGUUGGCGGCAAUAUCACAGGGGAGAUGACAAUGCGAUCUCCUGGUUCACGAAACUACAACCAUGAUCGAUUCGAACGAUCGGCUUGGCAUAGCCCUGAGCAAGAUUCACCCAAUGGAUUCAAUGGCAGAGCAAGAGGUGGAAGCAAUGGCAAUGGCAUGGGCCCAGAACACAUCCAGCGAUACGACCAGAGCGGAAGGAACGCUGGAAACCAGGUCCAACAAUGGGAUGACCUGCAACGCCUCAGUGCAAUGCAGCCGGGAGGAAACGCAUUCGCAAUCGGAUACGGCCAAGGAAAUAUGACUGGUGGGCACCCGGAGCAACACGACCACUAUGACGAUCAGCGGAUAGGCAGUCCGAGGUCAGCCGGUACGCAGGGCAGCAUGGAGAUGGUCGAACGCCAUUUCCGGGCAACUCCAGAAGCUCGGCAAGUGCUUUCCGCUCGACCCAGUGAAGCUUUCAAUGCUUCAAUUGGCCGAUCGAUGGGCAACAGAGGACCGCCACAACGCCCUCGCAAAGCGUCCGAUUCCAUAUCACCCACUUCCCCAGAUUCUUACCGGGGCGCUCGUCGACCUCAAUUUCCACCUUCGUCACAUCAGCCGUCCGGUCGUGGCGAUCUACACGAUGGGGAAGCCAUGUCGAACGGAUACACGGCAACACCCAAAUCUCGUCCUCGCAGGCGACCUUCCGAUCGGGAAGAAGGGUAUUCACCUACUUACGACAUUCUCUACACGGCCCAAAGAGAGUACGAGCGCAAUCGGGAAGCAGAAUCGCCAGUCGAUCCCCGUUCACGACAACGGGCGGGAAGCGCACGUCGGGUCCCUCGAGGGCCCUUGCAACAAGGCGAGUUCGCAACGCCGAACAAAAGAGCACCUCAGGGUGCACGGGAGCGAUCAAAUGGCCGGCCACGAAACACUGAGGCUGAGCAGAAUGAAACGCCCAGUGCCGGUUCUCUUCUGGAGCGACCAGGACCCCUCGUCAGCGAAGACAGCUUUGCGGAGAAAUCUAGUCCGACAAUUGCGGCCGCGGUCGACGUGCGAGAAGACAAUAUUCCCACAUCUCCUGAAAAGAUUGAUUCUCCACUAGACAUGCAAAAUCAACCUGAAAUCCUGAAAGCCCUUUCCUUCAAACGGAAGGCGAAGGUCAUCAAAGUCCAGCAGCCAAGGCAGAGAAUUCCGGAUGUGUCUGUAGCGGAAGCCAACGAUAUUGUGACACCUCUUCCGCGAUCAAAUUCGGUUGUCCGGCAGAUGGAGCGACCAUUGUCAAUUUCCGCUUCGAUCAUAUCGAAAGUCGACGAAGAAACGGCACCAAAGGAACCCCCGAGCACCCGUGCAUCGACAUCAACACUGGCGCCUCCUGUUGAGAAACGAGCAUCCGGCCGCUUCUCUCUUCUCAAACGUCUCUCCGGGAUGAACACCAUCCGCAGCUCAAGCACAGCGUCCAGCUCUCAUCGUGGUACCCUAGGACGAACGAGCACCCACAGUUCCACCGCCAUCUCCCCUUUCGAUACCCCGGACGCCUCCCCAUUGGAUACUGCCCCUCUACCAGCCCCUAUCGCCAUCACGCACCAAGACACCGAAGUCCGCGCCUCCCUCACCAGCCUUCCCGACCUCAUCGCGCGUGCCGGCCGCCUCGCCUCCAACCUCGACCGCGGCCGCACCGCCAGCCGUCUCGGCAUGGUGGACUGGCUCAGCGCUGCACCCGACGUCUCUCGCACGACUUCCGCUCAGGACGACCCCACCGAUCGCUCCCUGCAAGCUCAUUCGGAAAUCUCCUCGCAGUCCGCCGCCGGAACUUCCGAUAUCAUCGCCUCCUUCCCCCCUCCCAAUCACACUUCCGCCGCCGCCAUUGGCCCUGGUGCUCUGGCAGCCCGCGGCCGUGCGCCUUCUUCGUCCCUCACCCUGACACCCUCCAUGUCCUUCUUCCGCAAUGAUCUCCUCCCCCGCCGUCCAGGUGGAAACCAUAUCCCCCGCGGCAGCUUCAUCCUGGGCAGCUCGGAGGCUCUGCCGGGAAUGAUCGGGCCUUAUGGGAUGAAAUCUGAGGGUCCGUUUUCGGGUUUCGAUGCGGAGAGUUUGAGGCAGAAGAGUAUGAAGAGGAGGGUCUGUGGGAUGGAAUUGAAGUGGUUCAUCAUAUUGAUGGUUGUUUUGGGGUUACUCAUCGCCGCGGCGGUGGUGGUGCCGGUUGUUUUUGUUCUGUUGCCCAAGGGCCACACUCAGCAGAAAUCGUAGAGCAAGAGGCCUUUUUGGAUAUGGGAUGGGGCAUGAUCGGAGACUUAUGAAAUGACCUCACGAAUGAUACGGGCAGCUUGCCGCGGGGACGAAGAUCGGGACGACGACAUAGAGAUCAGAGCGUUUCCGCUGCUCAGUGUACAUUUUGAUCGUGUACAGAUUUUCCUUCCCUCCUACUUCGUU